AUGGCCUUCAGCCAAAGAAAAUAUCUUACUUCAUCAAUGAAGAAUCCAACAGCCUGUACUUCUACAAGUCAAUUCAAGCUAGCUACUUUCCUAGUCGCUGUCCUUGGACUAUCUUUCUGCGUCAAUUUAUUGAUUUCAUCUGCCGUAGAAUCGACAUCAUUACCGAGCAAAGCUGUAGAAUCAACAUCAUUAGACACCAAUGCAGAGGGCUCAACAAAUGUCCAACAAGUCGCUCUUCUAGAAGACACUAAAUCAAAUGUUAAGUUGGAGAAACGAAAUGAUGUAGUGGAAGAUCAAAAGACUGCAGAGGGUAUUACACAUCACCAUUAUCAUUCAGGACAUGUAGACCACGUACAUAAACACAAAGGUCACGCAGAACACGGACACAAACACCACGGUCACUAUGAACAUGGCCACAAACAUCACGGACAUGCAGAACAUGAUCACAAACAUCACGGGCAUUAUGAACAUGGACACAAACACCACGGCCAUGCUGAACAUGGACAUAAACAUCACGGUCACUAUGAACACGGCCACAAACAUCAUGGUCAUGCUGAACAUGGCCAUAAACAUCACGGUGACUUUGGACAUGGACAUAAACAUCACGGAGAGUUUGGACACGGACAUAAACAUCAUGGGCACGCAGAACACAGUCAUAAACAUCAUGGCCAUGCAGAACACGGGCACAAACAUCAUGGAGAUUUUGGACAUGGACACAAGCACCAUGGCGAUUUUGGUCAUGGACACAAACAUCAUGGCCAUCAUGAACACGGCCAUAAACACCAUGGUCACGCUGAACACGGGCACAAACAUCACGGAGAAUAUGAACACGGACACAAACAUCAUGGACACGCCGAACAUGGUCACAAACAUCAUGGACAUUAUGAACAUGGACACAAACACCACGGCCACGCUGAACAUGGACAUAAACAUCACGGUGAUUUUGGCCACGGACAUAAACAUCACGGAGAUUUUGGUCAUGGACACAAACAUCAUGGUCAUCACGAGCAUGGUCACAAACAUCAUGGACAUGCGGAGCACGGUCACAAACAUCAUGGAGACUUUGGUCAUGGACAUAAGCAUCACGGGCAUGCCGAACAUUCCCAUAAACAUCAUGGUCAUGCCGAACAUGAUCACAAACAUCACGGACACGCUGAGCAUGGACACAAGCACCAUGGAGAUUUCGGGCACGGUCAUAAACAUCACGGACACGCUGAGCAUGGACACAAGCACCAUGGAGAUUUCGGACAUGGUCAUAAACAUCACGGGCACGCAGAACAUGGUCAUAAACAUCAUGGACAUGCUGAGCAUGGUCACCAUCAUCAUGGAGAAUUUGGACAUGGUCAUAAACAUCAUGGGCACGCAGAACACGAUCACAAACAUCACGGACAUGCGGAGCACGGCCACAAACACCACGGUGAAUACGAACACGGACACAAACAUCAUGGGCAUGCCGAACAUGGUCAUAAACAUCAUGGAGAGGCCAAACAUUCUCACAGCCAUCAUGGACACGCUGAACAUGGUCAUCACCACCAUGGUGAUUUCGGACAUGGACAUAAACAUCAUGGGCACGCAGAACACGAUCACAAACAUCAUGGACAUGCGGAACAUGGCCACAAACAUCACGGUGAAUACGAACAUGGACACAAACAUCAUGGACAUGCGGAACACGGCCACAAACACCACGGUGAAUACGAACAUGGGCACAAGCAUCAUGGACAUGCUGAACACGGUCAUAAGCAUCAUGGCGAUUUCGGGCAUGGUCAUAAACAUCAUGGGCACGCCGAACAUGGACACAAGCAUCAUGGGCACGCUGAACAUGGACACAAACAUCACGGCGAGUACGAACAUGGACACAAGCAUCAUGGACAUGCGGAACACGGUCACAAGCAUCAUGGGCAUGCUGAACAUGGACACAAACAUCACGGUCAUGCUGAACAUGGUCACGAACACCACGGAGAAUUUGGCCAUGGACACAAACAUCAUGGACACGCCGAACAUGGGCAUAAACAUCAUGGGCAUGCUGAACACGGUCACAAACACCAUGGGCAUGCUGAGCAUGGCCAUAAACAUCAUGGUCACUAUGAACAUGGCCAUAAACAUAAAGCAUAG